UUAUCCAGGUCUGAUUCUGGAAAGGAACAUCUACAAGCUGCUUGUUCUGACCUUGAGAGGAUAAGGAAACUUAAGAAAGAGGCUGAAUUUCUUGAGGCAUCUUUCAGAGCAAAGGCAGCAUCCCUUCAGCAGGGAGAGGAUGGUGAAUGUCAUUCAGAGCCAUCAACUAGUCAAAAGAGACAAUAUCCAAAGAGAAAAAGGGGAAAGAGUGUAAACAAUAUGUGGGACAACCGAGAUGAAAUCUCUGCUGAUAGGGUGGUUAACAAACCUCAUGGUCUGUGGAGCUUUUUGGAAGAUGAACAUUGUGAGAUGUCUACUACAGAAAAUAUGGGGGAUGUGGACUCAGGUUCAAAUGAGUUUCAACGAUUUGAGCUCUUAAGGCAUGAGCUAUUUGAACUUGAAAAACGAGUUCAGAAAAGUACUGAUCAAUCUGAGAAUGAGGAGGAAAUUAAGAUUGCUGACAACAAUGCCAGUUAUGAUGCUGAAAGUAGAGACGCUCAAUUAUUUCGGGUACAAAGGAGAGAAAGUAUCAUUGGCAAAUCAAUUGACAAGCUAAAAGAAGCUAGCACGGAUGUUUGGCAAGGUACACAGCUUCUAGCUAUUGAUGUAGGUGCUGCUGUGGAGUUUCUCAGGAGGGCUCUUAUAGGAGAUGAACUAACAGAAAAAGAAAAGAAAGCACUUCGGAGAACCUUGACUGACUUGGCUUCUGUUGUUCCUAUUGGCAUUCUCAUGCUUCUUCCUGUUACAGCUGUUGGGCACGCUGCCAUGUUGGCUGCUAUUCAAAGAUAUGUACCAGCUCUGAUACCCUCCACAUAUGGUUCCGAGAGGUUAGAUCUUUUGAGGCAGCUGGAGAAAGUCAAAGAAAUGGAUUCCAGCGAAAUGAACUCUGAUGAGAAUGCGGAGGAUAACAGCCUUACCAGUAUCAACCCUGACAAUGUAUAACCAUCAAAAUGAAGUGCGUCUUCAAUAGGUCAGGAUUAUCACCAGACAGUUGUUUUCCCAGUUAUCCCUUUCUUUCUGUUGUGGUGAUUCUGAAGCCCUUUGACAACAGAUGGUCAUAUAUGUAGUUCAUUCCUUGU